AUGGAUGAGUUUGCAGAGUGGGGCGAGGGCACAACUGGUAUCGUUGCAGCAGACAGCACCUACACCGAGGGGCUCGACUUCGAUGAGUAUCGUGAGCAGCUGUGGCAGAGCAAUCAGCGCGAUGCUGUCGUGUGCCUCGUUGACUGCAACGAGGGAAUGUUCGGAGCUCUGCCUGCUCGUGAGUCGACAACGACGACGUCAGUCGGUAAGAGCGGAGCAAGUUCACCAGCGCGCACGCGUGGCGUCGUGAGGCUCAAACUCUCCACCACUGGUCAUGAGGCGACUAUGGGUAGUGGUGCUGCGGGUGACUCUGACGCAGCCGUUGGCUUGUCUUCUUCUUUCUUCUCCAUGUCGAUGCAGAGCAUCCUCGCACUGAUGAAAGAGAAGAUCAUAUGCAGCAGCAAGGACGUCGUGGCGAUUGUGCUGUACAACACACGGACGCCGACCCCCUCGAGGGGCUUCCGCGGGGUCUACGUGAUACAAGAGGCCGCUCGCAUCGGCACAGAAUGCAUGCAGAAGGUGGAGGAGCUUGAGGCAGCUGGCGCUCCCGGAUCUGCCGCUUACGAGGAGUUUAAGGCCCGCAUCGGUCACUGGCCCACUGCAUCGACGUUCCCCGCUCCCGCCGCGGCGUCUUCGGCGAGCGGUUGCGCAGAGACGAAUACUGCUCUUCCGACGCCGUUGAGCGCCUCUCCCGCAUUCAAGUUCAGUGAGGCACUCUGGGAGGCGCAACGCAUCGUGCUGCGCCUCCGUACCAUGCCGGAUAUUCGCCAUCGGCGCCUCUUUGUCUUCACAAACUGCGACAACCCAAGUGGUGGCGACACCCGGGAGUGGAGCCUGUGCCGCAGUCGCGCAUGCGACCUAGGCAAGGAGGGCGUUGUACUUGAAGUUUUUGGCUUCGGCAACGCUGGCAGUGGCGGUGGUCCGUACCCAAGCGGCAGCUCUGCAGUCGCACAUACGGCGGGGGACGCCGGUCAGGGUAGGCAGUCGAUCUCCUCUACAGCGUCAAUAUGCGCAGACGGAACGGACCGCAGCAGUAGGAGGAGCUCUGCGCGUCCGCUCUUCACUGUUUCCAGCAUGUUUGACCAGUCGCUUGACCUUACCACUGCCGCCACUGGCGCUAAUACCGGCCAGAGUGGACCCAGUCAGUCCGACUCACCUUCUUCAGCCGAAACGGGAUUUGUGCCAGACUUCUUCUGGGGACCACUGCUGAGAGAGAUGCAGGCGGCCUCUGCACGAUUCAGUGCCAAUGGUGACAGUGACAAUAUGGCGGCGCUGACCGAGGCCCGCGAUGAGGCCUUUGUCAGCAGGGGUGGAGGUUCGAUCAAUGUAAACGCUGGCAGCGGUACACUGCAGCAGCUGCUCGACUCUGUCAUGCGUCGUGCAACUGCGCAGCGACCCUUUCGGCACUGCCUGCUCCGCAUCGGCGGUUUCUCUGGAACGGCCACUGGGUCUCUCUCUGCGGCGACAGCAGCCGAAAGAGAUGCAGAGAGGGCGUCGCGAGCUGCUGCCGUGCCCCAGAUGGCGGUGAGUCUGUACACCCCUUUCGUGCGCGCUCGCCUUCCGCCGCGAGAGUGGCUGGAUAAGCGCACGAACCGCAUGCUUCACCGCGUCGUUCGCCUGCACGCGCGUACGAACGGAGGUGAUGGGGGCGAUGGUGGCGCGUGUGCGGGGCACAAAGAGGGCGUCGGUGACAGCCGCCCAAAUCAGCUGCAGCGCUUCCGUAGCGAGAAGGACCCCACGGAGGAGUUGAUGACAGGGCAGGAGGACGUGCAGCUCGGCGAUCUUCGUUACUACGCACCGGCUGGGAAGGAGCGAGUCUACUUUACCAUGGCGGAGCGCAAGAGAAUUGUGGAGGUGGCAGCUGCCGGGGCUGAGCCUGGAUUCACCGUGCUGCACUUCAAGGAUCUCGUUGACGCAGUGAAGCGGGAGCAUUCCGUGGGACGGAGCUCUUUCCUUCAUUCGUGUGUGCAGCGCGGUGGCGCGCACUCGCAUCGCUUGUUCGUCCUGUUUGUGCGCCGGUUGCGUGCAAAGAAGAAAGUUGCGAUUGCCCAGUAUUGCACCUCAGCCGGCUCAGCGCCGCGCCUCGUAGCUCUGGUGCCAUCGCCAGACCUGACAGGGCAUCCUGAGAGGCGCGAUCAGGUGCCAGUGGAUGGGUUGGGGCUCUACGUCGUACCUCUUCCCUACGCCGAGGAUCUGCGUGCCGUGCCGGAGCUACGCGCUUGCACGCUCACCAACAAGCACGCCACCCCUGUACUGGGGGACAGCUCCGUUGAUCCAAUGCACCUCGAACUUGCAAAGCAGCUUGUGAGUUCGCUGACAGUGUCUUACCAAGUAGAUGCGGUGCUCAAUCCCGCGCUGCAGCGGCAGUACCGCAAAUUGCAAGAACUCGCUCGACGACUCUUCCCAUUAUCAGUCAAUCCCCUGUACCUUGAUGUCGAGACUAGUUUGGCGAGGGUGGAGGAGGAGGACGCUGGUGCUGAGGACACCGAUGAGGCGCCGUGGGAGCUGGACGGCACCCUUCCCGACUAUGAGGGCAUGAGGAGUUUCGCAGCACUUUUCCAUAGCUUCAACAAAGAAGUGCUGGGAAACGACUACGACGCUUUCCUUUACUGCCCCCAUCCGCGCGUGGCAGCCAUGGCGACACGCCGGCCACGCGGUGGCGCAGCGGAAGUCAGCGCAGCAGGAGGGUCAGCUGCAGUCUCUACCGAAGAGGACGGCGAUCCUGUGCCUAUCGAGCAGCUCAUUCGCCACGCUGCCGCUGAGAAUGCGUGGGAUGGGUUGAUUAUACCCCAACUCAAGAGGUACCUGACGGCUACGAACGUGAGCGCCGGUGGGGCAAGACGCAAGGCGGACCUGAUCGAGCUUGUCAAGCAGCAUUUUCCACCGCCAUCGUGA